CAGAAACGUACCGAAGUUAGUAGACAAGAAAAUCAACGUAAAGUUUUGAAUAUGCAAAAACUAAUAACAUACUGUCAAAAUGGAAGAUGAAUUAUUAGAAUUAAAGGUAUGCAAUGAAAAUAAUGGGACUGAUACCAACAAAACCACUAACCCCCAACUGUUACUGAAUGUUGUCCUGAACAACAGAAAUGAUGAAAUUGAUUCCACAGUAAAAAAAUAUUCAAAGGAUAUACUAAACCACAAAUUUACGGACCAAGACAAUAAGAACAUUAUAUUAAUAGCAUGUAUAAAUGAAAGAGUGACUAAAGACACAUUAAAUAUUUUAUGUCAAUCCGUGAAAAGUCAUUUCUACUACAGCAUUGACUGCUUCGAUGAAGCCUGGUAUAAGUGGGAACCACUGCAUUAUGUAGCAAGAAUCGCUGAUCCAGAAAAACUUACAGUAUUACUGGACAAUGCUGUGACUGUGAACUGUUUGACCACAUUUUCAGAGAAUGCUCUUCACGUUUUAUUAGAAUACCAACAAUGUGUAAAACCAUUUACGACCCUUUUAUACAAUGGUACCGAAUCCAGAGAAUGUAUAAUAGUCAAUUCAGAAAAAGAAAACAUAUUUCAGUGUGCAAAAAUACUCAUAAAUAGAGGCAUAGAUGUAAAUCAUAGCAAUUUCUGGAAUGAGACACCAAUUUGUACAGCUGUAAGGUACCGAUACAUAAGAAUUACUGAAUUAUUACUCACAGUACCCAACAUAGAUCUUGACAAUUACAAGGAGGGAAGACUUACUAUUAGAGCUUAUUUGAAAGAAAAUCAUAUACGACAAGAUACUCUUUCUCAGUCGAAUGUUUUAUAUGAAGAUCCUGUUAAAAUUCUUUUUGAUUAUCUCAAAUCUGGAGAUGAAGAAGCUUUUGUACAAUUCAAUAAUGAAAAUAUUAAAGAUUAUGCAAAUUCUAUAGAUGGGGACAGUGAAUUUAAUACGUCUGGAAAUAUGCUACAGUACUGCUUUAAAAAGGGUUAUUUAGAGUACUUACAGCACGAUUCGUAUGAUGAACCACUAACAACAAGCAGUAUAACUGACAAUCUAAUGUUAGAUGUUUUUUAUUCCAAGGGCCUAGGAAAAUGUAUAGAACAUUUACUGAAUAAUGGUGCAGAUCCGACAAUAAGCUACAGGAAAUUUUCUCAACCCCUACUGGAAGCUGCAGCCGUUGUAGGAUAUUACCCAUUCGUAGCAAUAUUAUUACAACAUAAAGCAUGCAAAAUUACAUCUGAUGACAUAUUUAAAAUUUUACCAAAACUAUAUAAAGGAAACUGUGAGUUAAAAAAUCACGAAUUCUACAGAAAAUGUGUAUUAAGUUUAUUACUAACUAAAUUACUUGAUUUAAAAGGUAACGAAAUAUUGAGUAGCAAAAAAUUAGGUAUCUUAAACAGUAUUUUACAUAAAUUAAAUUUAGAAUGUGAUGAUGAAAAAGAAGAUGAUUCUGAGAAUAUCUGCCGAAUUCUGAAACUUGGUGCAUCUUUAGCUAAAAAAGUGGAAAAGAAAAAAAUGAUUAUAGAAAAAAUUCACCCAGAUAUAUUAAAAUUACAUUUUGAUGACUGUGUUGAAAAUAAUUUACUUUAUUACAACAGUAUUAUUGAAGAUGACAAAGACAGUUAUUCUGAAACAAGAACUUUGCAUUUUCUAGCUAACAGCUACAAAAAAAGUGAAUUAUUACGACACCCUUUACUCAUUCAUUUUAUCCACAAUAAAUGGCUUCGAAAUUUUUACUUUUUCUAUAUUGACUUAUUUCUCUAUUUCAUAUUUCUUCUUAGUACUUAUGCAUACAUGGUGUUAUCACACAGAAAUCAUUAUAACCAAUUUUUAAAUUUAGUUUUUUAUAUAUUAUUAACCGUACAUUUGCUAAAGGAGUGCAUUCAAUUAUUUUUUCUGUACCGGUUCAAGUAUUUCAUUGAUGCCUCAAACUAUUUGGAAUUGACAGUUAUUAUAUCUUCGAUUAUUAGUAUUCAUAAUUAUAAUGAAUACAGUGCAGUAAUUGCUAUAUUGUUCUCUACCAUCAUAUUUGUUAUGCUGCUCGGACAGGUACCUAUAUGUGCUAAGUAUACAAUUAUAUUUGGUUCGACAAAAUAUUUUCUACAAUAUGCUGGUUUUUAUUUCAUUCAGUUUGUAGCAUUUGCAUUAGUUUUUUAUAUAAUAUUCCCAUUUAAUACGACUGUCAAACAGACCCCUGACAAUAAUUUAACAAACACCAAUUUUACAAAAGAAGAUUUAGGCGACACCUUGGCAGAUGUUUUUAAAAACUUAUUUUAUACACUUAUACUAUUCACUGGAGAAUUUGGUGACAGAGUGUUAGAACCAGAUAUGUUCCCCGUUUUUGGAAGAGUUAUAAUGACAGUUUUUAUUUUUUGCAUGACAAUUAUUUUGAACAAUUUACUUGUUGGAUUGAUUGUUGCAGAUAUGGACGAAAUGCAGAGAGCCGGAAAAUUGUACAAGCAAGUUAAAGUGGCAAAUUUUAUAGCAAGGAUGAAUGCCAUUGUUAAACGUUUGUAUGAAUUCAAAACAAACAAUUUUAUUAAGUAUAUAAUAAACUUUCUCCACAUAUUCAAAAAGGGGAAAAAUAAAAUUCUUGAUUUGACUAAAUGCAAGCACACAUCUGUAUUUGAUGAUGAGAAUUUGAAAUAUUUGAAAGCUAUUAGAAGUAAAAAAAAUACAUCGUACAAUGUAGACCUCCUAAAAGAUGUAUACUCUUUAAUCCAAGACAAAGGAAUGGAAUUUCGAAAAAAAAUAAAAAAUUCUAAAAAGUAAUUUCUAAAAUCAAAUGUAUAAAAUAUUGUAGCGGCCAUAGCUUUAUUAAGAACAAAAGUUAUGUGAAAAAAAUUAGUAACGAAGUCAAUAAUGAUAAGCAAAGAGUGAUAUGUUAUUUAUUACUAAAGGACCCCGCAACUAUCCUUAUGGAAAACCGGUCCCAGUCGAAUGAUACAAAACUUUGCUGAAUGAUAGUCCUUAAUGUGUCGAUCAAAAAAGUCCAUGGGACCUAGGUCUGAAAAACUACUGUUCUGGAGUUACAGCCUUCUGAAGUUAUCCAAUCCACGGGCUCGAUGACGAUCAAGUCCAAUGAUUUACGGGCGAG